AUGAAAGAUCUUCUAUCUCUCGUUUUAUCGAUAACAUAUGUAGCUUUUGUUGACACAUCAUCUUCAUCUACUUCAUCGAAUACUACAAAUACUCGUCCACAUUUUCCAGUUGUAACAGUGAUAUUCGAUCAUGUUUCAAACGUAUUCGGUAUAUGCCUGUGGAUUUUACUUGGUCUUCUGGCUAAGAUCGUAUUUCAUUUAUCACACCGUUUAACAAAAAAAUUUCCCGAAAAUUGUCUUCUCAUUAUUCUGGGUAUUAUUGUUGGUGUUCUUCUUUACGUAACGCAUCUGGACGAAGAGAAACGUAUUUAUGUUUUGAACAAUGAUGUUUUCUUCCUAUUUCUUCUACCACCCAUCGUGCUCGAAACAGGCUAUUUCCUACCAAAACGAGCCUUCUUCGAUAAUCUUGGCACUAUACUUCUCUUAGCCGUGCUUAAUAAAUUAUUUAAUACGAUGUGCAUCGGCUUGACAAUAUGGGCAUUUGGGAAAACGGCUCUUCUCGGUUCUACAACAUUCUCGUUACUCGAAUGUUUUCUCUUUGCCUCAUUUAUUACAGCAGUCGACCCAAUAGCCGUCCUGGCCACAUUCGUAGAGAUUCGUGUGAAUGACACGCUGUACAUUGUUGUUUUUGGCGAAUCUCUCCUCAAUGAUGCGGUCUCGAUUGUACUCUAUCGUAUGUUUGAAAGUUUCCUCCAGAUUGGUCAAGAAAAUCUCGUCGCCCAAGAUUUCUUACUUGGUUUCGUAUCAUUUUUUGUCGUUACCAUCGGUGGAAUCUUAAUUGGCAUUGUAUUUGGUUUCAUGGCUGUUUUCAUGACGAAAUUUACCGAAAGAACACCAGUACUCGAACCAUUGAUCGUAUUCAUGUAUGCAUAUAUUGCAUAUCUCACUGCGGAUAUGUUCGGCCUAUCUGGAAUCUUAUCUAUCACAAUCUGUGGAAUGAUGAUGAAGCAAUAUGUAGAAUACAAUAUAACAAAGAAAUCGAUGGCAACUAUUGAAUAUGUAUUAAAAAUGGCAUCGAGCAUAAUGGAAACGAUUAUAUUCAUGUUUUUGGGCUUAACGACAGUCUCCGAACAACAAACAUGGAACACUGGCUUUGUUAUAGUUACACUUCUCUCGUGCCUUAUAUAUCGGGCAAUCGGUGUAGCGUUAUUUGCUAAUCUUGCUAAUAUUCGUCGCCUACUGGAAUUAACUCGGAUUGAUAUGUUAAUUAUGUCGUAUGGUGGUCUUAGAGGUGCAUUAGCUUUUGCUCUGGCAUUAGUUUUAAAUGAAAAUUUAGUUCCAAGAAAGAAAGAAUUUAUCACUGCAGCAACAGUUGUUAUUCUAUUCACUGUUUUUGUUCAAGGUACAACACUAGGUCCUCUAGUGGAGUUGCUGAAUGUCCGACGUAAGCAAAUGGAAGAGCCAACUAUGAGUGCAACCCUAACAAACCGCAUGAUGGAUCAUAUUAUGACUUGUCUCGAAGAUAUCGCCGGUAUUAAUGGUGCGAAUUCGUUACGUAAUAAAUACAAUAAAUUUGAUCAUAAUUAUAUGAAGAAAUGGUUAUUACGUGAACAACCACAAGAGAAAUUAGAUCUACGUCUAUGGCAAACAUUUCGUAAUAUUGACUUGCAGACAGCUAUCAAGUUACACGAAGAACAUCCUGUCAAUAAAUUGAUUGCAGCGACGACUAAUACAGCAGUCACACCUGGUGAAUCAUCCCAAGCAUUACUUGCUGUUGUCAAUCCGGCAAAUACUCGAAAAGCGAGCAUUGUACCUGUCAUUAUAACUAAAGGGAACGAUGUUGUUAUAUUACCAUCAAAGGAAAACUCAUCAUUAGCACCGAAAACAUCCGAUAGUAUGAAAGAUCUGCUUUAUUCAACGAUGCGUCACGCUCACAGACGUCCAACGAUAUAUACUCGUAGUCAAGAUGAAAUUGAAUCUGAAGAUGAAUUAGAUUCAGCAACAAUACAUAUUUUACAACCAACGCCAUUUGCUGAUUCCUCGACAUAUUCAACAGAAGAUUGGUUGAAUGGUAUUCCACGGCAAAGACAAGUCCGACAUGAUUCAACAGCAACGAAUGUUUCAUCAGUAAUCAGCAUGAAUGUACAUCGUUUUUAG